GCUAAUUCUUUGGGAAUGUCGUGAAAACUACAGCUGUAUUUAUUGUCUAUGAGAAUGUGCGAUAGCGCUAAAAUAUCCAUGCUGAAUCACGAUGAUCUGCCUAUAUUUACAUUUAUUGUCUUUCAUGCGUGACGCCUCUGAUUACGCAAUAUUUAAGCUUUCUGCGAUUGAGUCUGCAUUCGUAUUCCAUUAUUCAGACUUAGCGCUUUACGUAGCCGGUUUCAUAUUAUCUGAAAAGUACUCUUAGUGUUGGAGUGAUAAUGCAAGGAAGAAUUACUAUAUAUUCCACGUCUGGAUGCCCGCAUUGUAAGGCGGCCAAAGCGAAACUUGGGGAUUUGAAGCUGGAAUAUGUUGACGUUAACUUGGACGACAAUCCUGAUUUCAGGUCUAAAAUGAUUGAAAUAACUGGGAAGAGAACAGUUCCUCAAAUAUUCUUUAACAACAUCCAUGUUGGUGGGAAUGAUGACUUUCAGAAAUUGACCGAGGAAGAACUCAACAAACUUACAAAUGAAGUGAAAACCAAUCCUGUUCCUACAGAUGCACCGCCCAUACCACAGUCUUCAAAUUCUAAAAGUGGAACUAAUGCAUCAGCAUCAUUGCAAUCUGAAAUUGAUGAAAAUGCCAAUCUAAUCCAAGAUUUCAAAAAUAGUGGAAUAAUAAAGGACCAAAGACAGAUGCUUACAGUUUAUCGAAAUGUUUUUUCUGGCAGUGAUUUUGUAUCAUUCAUCAUGGAAAAUAAGAAAACUGACCGAAAGCAAGCUGCUGAAAUGGCCGCCAACUUGUAUCGAUUGCAUUUUUUAUCAAACGUUCACGCUGGUGAUGCUUUCAAUGAUGAUUCUACUCUGUAUAGAUUGCUUCAAGAUGAACCAUCAAAUGCACUUAAUGCAAAUGUAUCUGUUGAUGUUAAGCCUUUACCAGCAUCAGAACUGGCAGUUUUGUUGAGAAAACAAAUUCUUAAACUGUAUGGGGAAUUUCUUUCAUCUGACGGAAAAUGUGUUGAUUAUGAUGGAAUUAAAGAAAGCGAUUUAUUCAAAGAAUUUGGUAAUCUCACUGGACAAUUGCAGAGAGUUAAUUUGGAUAACAUGUCCAGGGAGGAGAAACUUGCCUUCUUCAUAAAUAUAUAUAAUGCAUUGGUUAUUCAUGGAAAUGUUGAAGUUGGAUUUCCUUCUUCAACAUGGCAAAGAUAUAAGUUUUUCAACUGUGUUUCUUACCGAAUCGGAGGUCUCAAUUAUUCUCUUCAAGAUAUUGAAAAUGGAAUUCUGAGAUCAAAUAGGAAGGGUGUUGGAAUGUUAACGAAGCCAUUUUCCAAGUCUGAUGCGAGGUUGAAAGUGGCUUUGGAUAAGCAUGAACCUCUCAUACAUUUUGCUCUUGUUUGCGGUGCAAAGAGUUGCCCACCUAUAAAAACCUAUUCUUCAGAUGGCAUUAUGGAUGAAUUGAAAUGUUCUGCAGAAUCAUUCUUAGAAACUGAAGAUGGAUGUGAACUCGACACAAAGAAGAAAAUUGUGAAACUCAGCAAAAUAUUGGACUGGUAUAAAGUGGAUUUUGGUGAAAAUACUGGAAAGGUUGUCGAGUGGGUUUGUGAGUGUCUUCCUAAAUGUGAGAAGAAAGAUCAGCUGACUAAGAUGAUUGGCGAUAAGAAUUAUAAAGUGCAAUAUAUGCCUUAUGAUUGGGGUGCAAACAAAAAACCUAAAUCUGGUCUUUGAAGUCGGCCUUUUAUUAUUGUUUCGCCUACACAUUCAAGUCAAACGUUCCCUGUACAAUGUUCCUUUCAUAUUGUAGCAAAAGAUUUUAUUAUUAUUCACUUUUGGUACUGAAAUUUCAAAUGAAACAUCCUAUAUUUUUCUCUAAUUUUAUCUUCAUACUUGUACUAAUCAUCUCUUUCACUACUAGCUUACAAAUAAAAUUAUUGAUUUCUCUUGACUAUCAUGCUUGGUGUUAUAUACUGCUAUUCAAUCUUUUAUUAUCACUGAGAUUGACUUCAUAUCGUUUGAACAUUUUAUGCUUUAAAUCUCUAUAAUAGACCGCUGGUUUCUUGUGAUCGUUUGGGAAUUCACGAAUUUAGAUUUGCGGAUACUCCUCCUGCCAUAGCAAGUUACCUCGAUCAUUCAUUUCAUCCACGAUUUCAGUUGUACUUCUCUACUACAUUGUUAUAUCUCAUUUUAGUUCUCUACUUUUCAACGAUUUUCCAUUAUGUACUAUUCUGUUAUUUGCUAGUCAAAUUGUAUUUCUACAUAAAGACAUCAAGUAGAUAAAUGAUCCACAGCUAUCUUCCGGUUUGAAGUAUUUUUUUUACUAUGGAGCGUAAUAUAGCAGCGACUAUUCCUGUUUUUUGCUUCGAUCUGUCAUGGAAAUCCCUUAUUUGGAGCGCCCAUUUUUCUAAUGCAGAUUAGUGCAGUGUUUUUAUUAUCCUUUUGAAUCUUUUUAACUGAUUAGUUUCAAUAAUUUUUCUGUUAUGUAAGUAUACUUGUUUCGUACAAUAAAAUAGUUAUUGUAUUUGGGAUA